AUGGAUGAUUUCAUGAAUUUAAGUCUUGAUACCGAUCCUAGAGAGUAUUUUAAGGAAUGUGAUAGGAUUAAUACACAAUUAUCUGGUUUUACACUUCCUAAAGAAACAGACGAAAGAUAUGGGGAAUUACAGGAUAAUGCGAUGAUUGACAGUGACUGUUAUUAUAAUUAUAGCACAAGAACGAUCUCUCAACUUGAAUAUAAAAUUGACUAUUGUAAUAGAAACAGUAUGAAUAACAACAAAAAAUACGAAACUUUUGGCAUGCAUAUGAUUAAAAAAUAUUUGUUUAAUAAGAAAAAUUCAAAGAAGGGAGCAUUAAUAUUUGGUAUUAAUCUGGAACAAGAAAAUAAAGGAGUUUCUACUACUAAUAAUAAUAAUAAUAAUAUUAUUAUUAAUAAUAAUAUUAAUAAUGAGGCUAAUGAAUUACCUGGAUUAUGCUUAAAAGAAGAAGAAGAAGAAGAAGAAGAAAAGAAAGAUGGACAAGAGCAUCAACUCCAAAAAGAAGAUGUUACAAUCCCAAAACCUAAACCUAGCAAUAAAUAUUUACAAUGCGACGGAGGAAAGACUGAUGAAGACCUAGAAUUAUUAAAAUUAGACGACAAGGAAGAAAUCUGUGGCGACACUUAUGAGGGAAAAAAUAUAUCACAUGAAAGUACUAAAUCUACGAAGGAGGUAGGUAACUUUUUAAAAGCAUUGGUAUCACCAACAACAUUGGGAGUUGCAACGGCAAGAAAACAAUUAAUAGAAGAAGGAAGCGAUGUGAAUUUAGAGGCAAGGCAGAAAGAAGAAGAAAUGAAGAGGGAACCCUCCAAAAAAUUGGAUUUUAAUGUUGCAAUUAAGAAUUACAAUGAAAACAAUGAUCAAAAUGAUAAUAAUAUUUGUGGUGUUAAAAGUAUUUCUAAUUGCUUCGCUGAACAACAAGAUUCGAAAAAAGCGUGUAAUUUUUCUGUUAACAAUCAUUAUUAUAAUUUCUUUUGUAAUGGACCCAUGCCUUAUACACAAAAUUUUCCAUUCUAUUCUCAAUUGAUACCAGUUUCCAAUAAUGAUCCUGGCAGUAAUAAUAAUAAUAAUAAUAAUGGGAAUAGUAAUGAUGCUCCAACAUCCGGUAGUGAGUACCAUGAUAAUAGUUAUAACUAUAAUUCCCAUUUGCCACAACCUUGGUCAUAUAAAUCACAUCCACAGCAUAAAUUCAUGUAUAUUUUUACUUCAUAUUUACAAUUUGGCUUAAAUAUAUUAACAUAUAUGUCAGUAAUAUCCAUAUUAUUAACUGUCUUUAAAUCGAUUAAGUCGGACAUAAAUAAUACAUGGAACCAAGAAAUUUUAAAAUUUAAUUAUGAGUCAAUGAAAUGUGAAUUGCAAUACAUAAGAAAUAAAUGUCAAGAUAAUACCGCGCCUGCAUUACAAAACCUAUGUUAUGAUUGGUAUGAGUGUAUGAAGCGCGACAAUAAUAUUAUGUUUAAAGAAAGAACACAGCAUAUAGCUGCAUUAUUUGGGAAAAUAUUUAACGCCAUUAUUGGUGAAUUAGAGUGGAAAAGUGUUUUAAUAGUUAUAGCCUUAUUAUACUUUUGGAUAUUUGGGACCAAUUUUUUCCUAGGGUUUAUAAGAGCCAAGAGUUAUUAUGACAACGGGAAAGGGAGAGAUGAUGUUUUCUAUGAAAAUUCCACCAAUACUAAGCCCAACAACGAUAAGAACGAAAAUGGUGAUAUCAAAAAUAACUCUACGACUAAAUUAUUGAAGAACUGA